GUGAGAGAAGGCCCACACCAUCGAUCACGGUGAAAAUUCUCCACUACACAUUUAAAAUUACGAUCACGUAGACGUAGUGAUCGUCGUCGUAGUCAUUAAAAGUGAUAAUAUACCUACAUACAACAAUAACAACGGAUACCUAUAUAAUAUUAUACAAUAUGGAUACUACCAAAUCGGCCAGGAAUGUAUACAGCAUUGAUCAAAUUCUAGGAACUACACAUCCAUCUAAAAACGAAAAUACUAGUGUUCAUUGCCAAUCGAAAUUGGAUGCAUUAUAUGCUGCUAGUGGGACCGAUCCAUCGCUACAUCGGUCCGACGAACACGAUGACGAUAAACCGCGAAAAGUUCGCCGUAGUAGAACAACAUUCACCACAUAUCAAUUACAUCAAUUAGAAAGAGCUUUUGAAAAAACUCAAUACCCUGAUGUAUUUACCAGAGAAGAACUCGCCUUACGAUUGGAUCUCAGUGAAGCCAGAGUGCAGGUAUGGUUUCAAAACCGUAGAGCUAAAUGGAGAAAACGAGAAAAAUCAAUGGGCAGAGAAUCCAAUCCAUACAUACCUGACCACACAUUGUUCAGAAACGACUGUUUGCCCGUGGCACCCUCGCUAGGUGGCCCGCUGCCGUUCCUCACGCCCGAACAGUUCUGGCCGAGCAUCGUGUUCAACCCGGCUGCCGCAUCCGCGUUCCUGCUCGGCCUGCCGUGGCACCACCAUCACGCCGCCCAGCCGUCGGCCACCGCAGCGGCCGCGUCGUAUCAGUCGUCCGUACACAAGGCGCUGUCCGAGCGGAUCAUCACCGCCAACCAGUGGCCGGCUGCCGCGCUACAGACGUCGUCCUCCGAACCGCACAGCCCGUCGUCCGCGGGAUCGUCCAGCCCCGUCACGGCGCUGUCGCCACCCCACGAGCCGUCGGUGGACGCGGCCACAGUCGCCGCCGCCGAAAGUCGAUCGCCCUACCUGAACGAUAACGAUGACGAUGAUGACGACGACGACAACGACAACGACAACGACGAAUCCGGCAGGUGUUCGCCGUCCGUUUUGAUGGGAAACGUUUCCUGUUAGUAUGCGCUGCCGAGGCGGUAUAUUCUACACAUAUAUUACCUGCAAUUAGGAACCGACCGCUUUAUAUAGUUAUUAUUUCUCUUCGGCCACCCCCUACCACCCCCUGAUCUUCAAGACCAUCUUCCCCUAAUUUGACGUAUUUGAUUGGUAUUAUUGUUUUUUUUUUUUAUACGACGUGAUUUUUUAUUCAUACCUAAGAUUUAUAUAAUAUAUAAUUGUCGAUUAGAGAUUAAAUAAAAGAAAAAGUAUAAAAAAUAAUUUUACUUAGGUUAUUUUGUAAAUGCCUUAUACCGAUCUUACCAUUAUAUUCUGUAUGAUAAUAACAGUAGGUACAUUUUUGCAAACAUUUACUUAUUUUUUACCAUUUUUUAUGGCAACAAACUAUACAACAACAUUACAACCAAUACGUUUCUGGGAACAUAGGCUACCUACUCACAGAACCCGAUUAUUGAACUGUAAAUUGUAAUAUUAUGUACUAGGUAUAUAGUAUUAUUAUAUUAUUAUAUGCAAAUAAUGUACAGAUAAUCAUACUAUUUAUAAUUGAUGCCUUAAAACUCGAAUGCAUGGUGUAAGUACUUAUCUAUUAGCCUAAGGCCUACUGAUAGGUUGACCAUACCCACUUUAGUUCACGUGAUUUCUUUAAAGUUUAUAAAAAAUCUAGAUUUUUUUUAAUUUCGGAGUCUCCACCUCUCCCUGAGCCAGUCUAUACACUGUCGAUUUUUAAUUCUAUUCAGGAGGCCUGUUUCCAUGAUAAAAAAUCAAGUGAACUAAAAUGGGUAAGGUCAAACCAUCAAUAGCUCCCUGUCUAUAUGUAGCUCGUCAUUAUAUCGAACGAUAUUGGUUCAGUAUUAAUAAACAUCAAAUUGUCGAAAUUUUCAAAAAAAUAUUAAGCUUCAAUAAAAUUAUAAGGUCGUAUCUAGUACCUAUAUGGCUAUAUGCACCUAGCCUCGACACUCAUUAGUUACUGGUUAGUGGUUAUUACUCGUUACCUAUCCAAAGUAUUGUCCUUUCAUAAAAUCUAUAUAGGUACAAUUAUUGCAACAAUUUAAUUGUUAAUGGUCAGUCUGCAGUCUAUUGAGUAGUAUGUAUACGGAAAAUAAGUAUUCUAUAACAUUAUUCUGGUAUACAUAUUGAUACCUAAUCGACUAUAAUUAACAAUACUAUUGUUAUAAUUAUAUAGCUGUAUAGCAUUAAGUAUUGAUCACUUAUAUAUAAAUAUAAAUGUAUCGUCCAUCAUCCUCUUGACUUUUGCCUUCGACCGUCAGUCAUCGUCAUUAUAAUAAUAAUAUUAUAUAAUACCUAUGUAACAUAUAAUAUGUAUGUAAACAUAUUUCAUUCGAUCAUUUCGCGAAACGCGAACUAAUUUCAACUUUAACUAAGCGGGUUGUAGGUAGUUAGGUAGGUACUCGAUCAUUUUAUAAUUGAGUUUGUAAACUAAUAAUAUAAACAAUAUACUUGUAAUAAAAUGUUAAUCGUUUACCACACUCUGUAGUCUGUAUGUAAUAUAUACGAUAAAUAUGUAUAUUAUGUAUGUGUAUUAUAUAAUGUGUAUCGUAAUAUUUCUCGCGAUUUUAAUUUAGUAUAAUAUUCACAGAAUUUUUAUAUUAAAAGUUAUUGGUUUUGUUCGCAAUUAGGUAUAUGGUAGACUGUUAUACACUCGUAACCGAGCAACAGACAACACCGUACCGCGAAUAGCCCGGUAUUAUAGCUAUAGAUACCUCGUGCGUUUAUUGGGAAGUGCAAUUUUAAAUAUUAAACACUUUAGUUACAAUAGCCCAUUUACUUAGGAGUUAAAUGUAAAUAUGUUUCGUAAAAUUGUAUUAUGUAGCUGUACAGUAUAUCUAACAAUAUUAUAAUUUAUACCGUUAAGAUGCGUGAAGGGUUUCUAUAAAAUUGUUUACUGAAACCAUUAACCGUAAUUUUACUGAUGUAGGUACAUAUUUAAUAGAGAUAGAAAAUAUUAUGCAUAACGACGAUCAAUCCUCUCCAAAAUACGUUUUAAGCAAUAUUUUUUAUUUCUCUUUUGCACACGUAAAAGUUGGCAAUUUUCUAAAUGUAACCAUUUUUUUUUUCAUCAAUUAAGUAUACUUAUUACAGACACUCAACCCUUCAGGCAAAUACUCGCUUUAGCAAACUACAAAUAAAAUCUUCAACCUGGUUGAACUACCCGUCCACUCAUUUUACAUAUAUAAAUAUUACAUUUCUUAAGUACGCAUACCUGCCCCGGUAAUGUUUAAAUAUUAAGAAAAAAAUAGAAUAAAAUUACCAGACUAUUAUUUUGUUAACAAUAAAUUAGGUACUAAAGAAUUCUUUUUUUUUUCAUUUAUAUAAUUAUAAUUUACAAUUAAAAGUGUAAUAUUGUUGACUGCUCAAUAAAAUCAAAAUCAAAAAAUGUCAUAUAAGAUUACGUGUGUACUAACCAUUUUAUUGUUUUAAAAUAUAAUAUAUGUUAUAAUUACCAAUAAUAAUAUAAUAAUAUUACUCAUGAUUAAAAACCGGAAACACAAUUCAUUCAAUAACAGUAAUGUGAAAUAAAGUAAUGAAAUGUAAUAACGGCAUUUAAAAAAAGAAUUACGUGGUAUUGAAAUUAUUUAUAGUAGGUACCUACCUAGUCUUAAUUUAAUUUUGAAUACAUUAUUUUUUUUUUUUUUUUGUUGAAUCGUAUUUUGUUGUGUUACGCAAUACUUACCCACUGUUGAAACAUAUAAAAUACUAUUAUUUUUUUUGAUUUUUUCUAAAAACAACUGUAAUAUGUGUAUAUUAUAAUAUCUACCUGAAUAUUGUUUUUGUAUAUAAUAAUAUAUUAUAUAAGAAUAUAAUUGUAUUGUAUGCAAAUAUGUUGUACCUACUCGUAGCCAAAGACUUGAUGGAUGGGUAUU